AUGAAAGCGCGGUAACAGGUCUUAACUCUGGAUGACCUUGUGACAGCUGCUUAUAGGAAUGUCGAGCGCUGGGAUGAUUUCAAUGAAAAUGUCUGCUUCAUGGGAAGCCGAAAAGUCUUCAUCAAAUGCUAUUCCAAGACUUUGUAGUCUUAGUUUGGUACAAAUAAUAUUGGAUAGGCCUAUUGAACCAGAAUGCGCUAACACAGGAUUUUAUGUUGUUGUUCGUAUGCGAGGUACAGCUCGUCGAGUUUUACGGUCACCGGAAAUCACCCUUAUUUGUUCGAAAUCUCCACAGGCUCAAGUUGUUUCAACAAAUGCUCAUUCUAACAAUUUGUCUACCAACCCAAAUGAAGUUGGUCACAGUGAAUCAACCGGCCAACCUUGUGCAAAUACCAGUUUGAAUGCUUCGGUGCCUGGUGGUGGUGGCGGCGGCGGCUCAGUUCUUAUCGAUUUCACAUGCAAUAUUCAGUACUCACACCUUCUGACACGAGAUUCUAAUACACUGCAAAUUCUACUUCAGCGUCGUAAAAAGUACAAAAGUAAAGCAAUGAAUUUAGGAUACAAAACAUUAGCUUACUGCAAUGUGAACCUCGCUCAAGUAUUACAACGUCGUAUUGAAAAUCGAUUUUUGGAUUUAUACACUGAUCCGAAAUGCUCUACUCUUCCAGUUGGUCGAAUUGAAGUUUUAUACUUAUCAAGUUCACCGAUUGAAAAAGAUUUGUUAAAUGGAAAACGUAAAGUUGUAGACGAGGAUGAAGAUUAUCCACUUCCAGAUGUCUAUAGUGAACAAGAUGAUUCAGAUCAUGGGGAAGAGAGUGAUGAGGAUCAAAUGGCUGAAUGUGAAAUGGUUGGGCAUAGUCGUCAAAAAAAGCUUGUUAAAGCUAUGUCUGUUGGUUGUGUAAAUCAAAAACAGAUUAAACAAAAAUUAAUUGGUCUAUUGAAGAAAUUAAAAAUAGGUGAUCCGAAUGAGGUUGAUUUAGACGUGGCUGCUACAUCAAAACUAUGGGAUGAAAUUGAUCGUAUGGCAACAGUUAGUGAUAUAGAAGAGGAUUCAGAUGCUGAAAGUAUCAAUUUAGUGUCAAUUCAAAGUACACCACGUCCAACUCUUCGACCAUUUUUUGCUACAGCUGGUAGUUCAGAUGAUACAUUGAGUGCGGAUGCUGGUGCUAAACUUCUAAAACGUUUACAGAGAGAAUUACUUUCUCAAAGUGAAACGGAUACAUCUCCAGAUACUAUACAAUUACGCUCUAUGUUAGCAUCUGUUGGUAAAUCUGUUAACCUUCAAAAACCUUUUGGAAAAUCAGUUGAUAAAUCUGCUGGUCUAUUACAACUAGAGCAUAAUUCACCACCAUUACAACCACCAUCGAGUUCAUCGACAAUUACAUAUACUGAUACUAUCCCAUUGCAAUCCAAUGAUUCUUCUUCUUCGCGUAUUCAUAGAGGUGGUGGUAGUGGUCAUGGUAUGAGUUUAGCUGGUGGACGCUUUGCGAAACGUUUUGCACACAUUCGACGUAGAUCAAAUACAAACUCUUCAGCGAAACAAAUUUUUGGUGUGUCUAGAUCUAGUAAAUCUAAUUAUAGGCAUAAUUCUGAAGCAACUGUUCAAGAAAUGAGUAAUAUCCCAUUAGAAAGUGAAUCAUCUGAUGAUCAUUCACCAACUGAUGCUGGUUUGGAACUUUCUUCUCCACGUGGUCAGAAUUCAGUUUUUGACCAUAUUGGUUUGCAUGAUUCUGAUUUAUCUGAAGUGUUGUCUGCAGUAUGUUCUACUCCAGACGCUAAUCGUACGCAUUGUUCAAGAGAUCGAGGUGUUUCAGAUGGAAAUCUUAAUUUCAGUAUUGAUGAAAGCAGAAUACAAGAGAAGCUUUUAACCAAUUCUAUAUCGGAUUUUACAAAUGGUGGUAUUAAGUAUUCAGAAGCAUCUUCACACUGUGCAGACAAAAACCGUUUCAAGCAGAUUUCUAUGGAGCCUAAUAUAUCCGAUAUUGAAAAAUUAGCCAAUGUCACAUUUAUUGUCAGUGGUCUUGAAAAAUCUGGAAAACUUAUACAUGAUUUACUAUCUGAAUGGAAUUUACGUUUAAUAAGUGUUAAUUCAUUCAGUGAAAUGCGAACAGUAUUUACACGUUUAGCUAAUGAAUCAUCACAAAGUCAUACACGAAGAAUACUAGAAGAUGGUGAUUUUAUUAAAGUUUGUAUACUUGGUGGUAAUCAACUUAUUAACUUAGUUCUACGUGCAUAUGUUGAUCAAUUGAGUUGUAGAUCAACAGAAUUAGCUGCAUCAUUUCGUUUUUUUAUUAUACCAAUUGAUGGUGUUAAUAAAUUGUUGCAUGCAACCACAUCAUUGUCAUUGUCAUCAACAUUACCUUAUUAUGAUCAAAUCAAUUCAAUGAAAAAUGGUAUUCCGAUAAAUUCUUCAUUUGGUGGACAACAGAAUAUAAAUGACUCACCAUCCAAUCAACUGAAUCUAAAUGAUUCUAACUCUGGCCGUGCUUCGUUAUCAUCAAUUCAAACGACAUAUUUCAACAAUUUGUUCGCUUAUCAUCUUUGUCAAAUUGAUCCCAUAUAUGGAAAGUUAUUCAAAGAGUUAUGUGAUGAAUCUGGAUCUAUUGAUCAUUCUGAUCAUAAUAUAAGCGUAUCAAAUUUAACAAAUAAAGAGUAUCUUUCAGUUAUCAGAUUAGAAUUAUUGAAUCGUAUUAUCCGAUAUGUGAUUGGUAGUCGGAAUAUGCAUACAUUUCCUAUUGGUGCAUGCCUUCUUGGCUCAUCGAAACAUACUAAUCACAACAGUAGUAGUAAUACAUCAACAAGUGGAAGUAAAAUUCAAAAAUCACUCACAACUGACUGCAGUAGUACUACUACUACAUCUGGGAAUACCUCGUCGACAAAUUCAAAUAUUACAAAUCAAUUAAGUCAUGGUGUAUUAGAUCAAUGCGCUAGUCAUUCAGAUGGAACUUCUUGUUUAGCUAAAGGAAGCAGUGUUCCAGAUACUCCAACGCAUAGUGAAGAAAUGGUUAUUCCAUUCAUUUUAAAUGUUCGUCUUGGCAAUUGUUCUGCAUUAGCCUAUCCAGGUUUAUCAGUAUCUCUUCCAAUGCAUCCUAAAACUCAACAACAACAACAGCUGGGAAAAUCAUUGACUGGAGAUAAUUCAGCCUCAUCACAAUCUCCUAAUUCAACGAAUGUAGCCAACACAAAUGCUACUGAAUUAGAUUCAAAAACACCCAGUGAUCCAGAACAAUCACAUACAAAACGUAAUAUUAGUCCUGAAUCAACAUCACAUGGUACAUUCACUUCACCACGAAUACGUCGUAACUUUUCAUUGUCAUUUCGAUCUUCAAAAAAACUGCGUAAACGAAAAUCUUCAUGGACAGAUGGAGCUAAUAGUAGCAGUACUACUACUACUAUUACUACUACUAGUAAUAAUAAUAAUGGUAGUACAAAUAUCAAUAGUGUACUACUACACGGAUCACACUCAUCCACUCAGAGAUCUGGUCAAUCACCUGUAUUUGGAUCAGAUCAACGACUUUGGGAUAUACAAGUAGAAUAUUGGUCUAUACCUAGUCAUACUACUACUACAACUAAUACUUCGUCGAACUCCAGUACUCAAAGUAACCAAGUUAACACAGUGUCUGGUAGUGCUAGUAAUACUAUUGUUCCUUGUCCUAUAAGUUCACCAAGUACAAUAUCUGAUACGGUUUCACCGCCUCGACGUUCUACUCUCAAAACUUUAUCCCCUGGGCUAGUUGUUACAAUAGACUCGUCAAUUUCUUCAGCGAGUUAUGCUGCAUCUCCUCUACGUGGUGGUGAUAUAUUCGGUGUUGGCACAGAACCUAAUUCUAGCAGUGUAGUACACUCACCACUUCGGCACACACCAUUUAAUCUCGGUCAAACGCAUUCUCAGCAUUUAGUUCUUGGAUUAUGGACAAAAGAGAAAAAACAGAAAAUUAUGCUCAUCGGUCGUAAAGGUAAAGGAUUUAGUUGUCGUUAUGAAUUAAUCAAUGGCAUACAACGUCUUCUAUGCACUGGACGGGGUUGUAAUUUUCAUAAUACCAGUUUAUCAACUAGUACAACUGGUGGUAGUGGUGGUGGUGGUACUAGUGGCACUGGUGGGACAGAACGUACAAAAGAUACUGAAUCUAGUCAACGUAAUGCAUCAAGCAUCUUUUCAUCAUCAGUAGAUUCAUCAAAUAUUUCACCGUCUGUUGAAGGUAAAGCGUCAAGUUCAAUCUCUGCAUUAGGAUUAGCCCUAACUGGUGGAGGUGGUGGGAGUAGUGGUGGCAGCGGCGGUAAUUCAGGCUUUGGAAUUAACACAGCUAAUACUCUGAUGCGAGUUUCGAUUGACGGUGUUGAAUGGACAAAUUUAAAAUUCUUCCAAAUCACUCCUGUCUGGCGUACACAUGUGAAAUUUUUCCCUGUUGCCCUUUUAAAUAAUACACCAAUAAUUGGUGGAGAUACAGCGACAGCGGCUUCGGUGAGAUGAUAGGCGUUUUGUUUUUUAUUCGUCCACCUUCCUGUCUCCCUCAAACUCUGCGCGAAUUUACUUUAAAGGUGAUGGUGGCGAUGAUGAUGGUGAUGUAAUUUCUUCUUGUUAUUUGCUGUUAUUUGUCCGCGCUUGUAUUUUUUUAAUUCCACUACACUUAUUUUCACACUAAAUAAAAUCUCUGAGCUUUGUACUAUACUAUGCUACACUGUAUAUCAUAACAGUUCAGAUGAGUAAAAAUGAAUGAAUGAGAUACUUGAUUUCUCGUAAAUGCAUUUAUCUUUUUUGUAUUAUUGUCAUCAUUUUAGUUGUAUUUGUUGUUAUUAUCGUCGUCGUCGUCGUUUUCGCUGGCUCUUAUUCAUCUCCUCUCAGCUUAUUCUGUCUUUCGAUGAAGCGCAUUCAUUGUCUUCCAUACAAAUAUACAUAUGUACACUGUAUUUGUUUGUUUGUUUGUUUGUUGGUCAAUUUCGAUUCCCGCCUUUUUUUCGUUUCCGUGUGUGUGUGCUUGUGUAUGGCGCGCUUUUUAUGUAUUCUUCAACAAGGUUAUUUUUAUAUACAUAUAUAUAUAUACGUAUGUGUGUUAAUGUCUUUUGGUAUCCUUCUCUAUUUACCCCUCUUCUAGCAGUUGAUUUAUAUAUAUAACGAUACGUAUAUCUAUGCUUGUGUAUUGUUAAAUCACACUGUGGACUACCUAAUUAUACGUUUUCUGCUUUGCUUCUUUUUUAUGCCCUAAUCAUAUGAUAUGAUAUGAUCUCUCUCUCUCUCGCUGUCUAUCUCUUUGGUGUCUUCUUCCCUUUGCUCUUAUAUAUUUUGAUGCACAAUGGAUUUCAUGCUUUUUUACAAUUUGCUUUGGUUUGCUUUAUUGUUUAUAUCUAUUCGAAGUUUGUUGCUUUUUUUUGCUCUGUUCAGAUUCUUUUUUGUUCUGGCUUUUAUCUUCUCUGAUUGUCAUUGUAUUACUAUUAUUAUUAUUAAUGAAUGGAAAGAACUCAAAUAUCCCUGCAAUCCAAACAUUUUGAUGUAUAAAAACAAAUCAUACAUAUAUGGUAUGGUCAGUAUAUAAAGUUUAGCCGAUUUCAUAUUUCUUACGGGAUAAAUGUCCAAUGAGUAUUAAAUUUAUAUUGUAAAUGUAAUCGGUUAUAAUCCAUCACUUUUUUAUAUGUCAUGAGAGCGUGUAUAACAAUUAUUCAGUGACGUAUAGAUUUUAUGCUACAAUAUUUACAUAUAUACAGUUUGUGCAUUCAUAUAUAUAUCUGAAAUUGUGACUGAUUACUGGUAUAUCUGAGGAUUUCCUCGAUCACAUCAUCCAUACUGAGUCUCAUAUCGGAUUCUCGAGCCCUGCCUGCUUCAGUCAGAUAGUCAGUCAGUCACUCAUUACCCCGCCCCCCCCCUCCAACAGUAUGAAAAUGCAUCUGGCCUUAAAAAGUGUAUUUCAUUGCAUAAUUGUCUUUGUUUUUAGGCAUUCACUUGAUCAGUAGUUAAUAUUUGUCAUUAGAUAACACAACCAGCUGAUCAACUGAUUGAGUGAUUGGUUGUUUUACAAUACUAACCUUAACCUAAUUAGAUUUUAUCCAAAAAGAGAUAAAAUUAAAGAAGAUAAAUAUAUCCAUCAGUUCAAAUGAAAUCCACCAAUGAAAUUGUUUAAAACAAACUUUAAAUUUUAGUAAUAUUGUACAUUUAUUUAUUUAUUUCUUCAUUCAUUCAUUCAUUCAUGUAUGCAUCAAUUGUCUUUCACAGAACAACUUCUAUAUAUAUAUAUAUAUAUAUAUAUAUAUAUAUAUAUAUAAAUGUACAUGCUGUUGGACUAAUUAAUAUCAAGCCAGUCUCAGAUAUCUUUCUUUGUGUAUUUCUCCAUAUGUGUGUAUGUGUGUGUGUGUUUAUGAGAGAGAGAGAGAGAGGUACAACGUGUAUAUUUGAUACCGUUAUGUGUGUUCACAUUAUUAUUAUUAUUAUUGUUGUUUAAAUCAUGUUCUUUUACUCUUUACAAAAUGAAUAAUCAAUUACACUAGUAGUUGUAGUAGUGGUAGUUACUUCAUCAUAGAAUAAUAAUGCUUUGUAUGAAUUUCAACAAUAAUUGUAUAAGUUGUUGUAUGAUAACUCUUACAUCUGUUUGUGCAUGUGUAUGAAUGACACUAUAAUGCAUUUCUUUGUUUGCUUGACUGUCUUUUUUUUAAUUUUGAUACUUAUAUGUAUAUGUAAAAAGUAUAGGUUUUCAUAAUUUCUCAAAGAGUUUUCAGAAUUUCUGUGCGUAAAAUACAUAUGUAUACACACAUAUAUAUGUAUGUGCUUGUGGUUCUCUGUGACAUUCAAUUUUCUUAUUUGAGCAUUUUAUUUUCUGCUCUCUUUACCUCUCUUUCUUUUGAAUGUGAUUAUGAAGUGUGUUGUCUUUAGGGUUACAUAACUCAUUUCUAUCUUUGUCCUGCUAACUGUUGUUGCUACUAUUGUUGUUGUUGCUUCGUUUCUUUUUCUUUUAUUCCUUUGCAUUCUGAGUGGGCUUCAAAUUUUGAAAUUUCAAUAGCCGGCGAUGUUGUUUUUGUUUUUUUUCUACAUUAUGGAGCGGUAGGGGCAAGCAACCCUAAUCUCACGCCCCAUGUUUGGCCUUCGCUCUUUCCCACCACCUAAACGAGACUUUCUAGGAAUACACCGGUCGGAGGCAUCGAACUUUGGACCAUGUAUACGUAUUUGUUAUUGUUGUUGUUGCUGCUGUUGUGUUUUUUCCAGCUUCCAGUUUGUCUUACUGUAAUUUUAGUGUAUCCUUCAAAUUGUCAUUCUUGCUGUUUUCUUUUUUAAUUAAUACAGUUUUUUUCUGUUUUUUUUUCUGUUUCUUUUCAUGUGAUGAUACAAUUUAAAUUUGUUGGGUUUUCUCCUUUACAACAAAAGAUUACCAUUUGACUAAGCUGGUUGGUUAUUCCAUGUCUUCUUUUGUAUGUAUUCUGUUUACGUCAUCUAUUUUUUGUACCUUUCUCUUCUUCCGCUUCUUCUUCUUCUUCUUUCCUGCUGUUUUCUUCUGAAAAUAUCUAUUCUAUUAUAUAUUUAUUUAACAGAAAAGAAUUAUAUAUAUAAAUAUAUAGGUAUAUGCUGACAACUCUCAUAUAUAUGUUUAAAUAUUAUGGGGAGAGAGU